CUAGAAGAGCUUUAAGAGCACUAAUAAUAUAAGUUAUUAUUAGUUACAUACAAAUGGGUUCCCUCGCCCCUCCCCGCUCUCCGCCACCCGCAACGGCCGCCCAGGUCGGCGGCUCCACCCAUAACAAACACCCAAGCCCGCUAUGUGCCGACGGGCUCCGGCGUCUCUUCGAGGCGCAGCAGCGGCACCUGAAUCACUUCUUCGACAAGCUGGACUUCCGGCAGGCACUGGCCUUCGCCCAGGCCCUCCUCGACGCCCCCGGCGGCGUCUUCUUCUCCGGCGUCGGUAAGUCCGGCCUCAUCGCCCGGAAACUCUCCCAGACCCUCGCCUCUCUGGGCUUCGCCCGCGCCGCCUUCCUUCCACCCGUGGACGCCCUCCACGGCGACAUCGGCGCCCUCUGCUCCGCCGACGUCCUCGUCCUGCUCUCCAAGUCGGGGUCGUCCGACGAGCUCCUCCGCCUCGUGCCCUGCGCGCGGGCCAAGGGGGCAUUCCUCGUCUCGAUGACCUCCGUGGAAGGCAACCGCCUCGCCGCGCUCUGCGACAUGAACGUCCACCUUCCCCUCGAGCGCGAGCUCUGUCCCUUCGAUUUGGCACCCGUCACAUCGACGGCCAUCCAGAUGGUGUUCGGCGACACCAUCGCCGUCGCCCUCAUGGCCGCCCGCCGCCUCACCAAAGAGCAGUACGCUGCGAACCACCCUGCUGGCAAGAUUGGCAAGCGCCUCAUCUUCAAGGUGAAAGAUGUCAUGAAGAAGCAGGAGGAGCUUCCAAUCUGCAAGGAAGGAGAUCUGAUAAUAGAUCAGCUGAUGGAGUUGACAAGCAAAGGGUGUGGAUGUUUGCUUGUUGUGGAUGAUGAGCACCAUCUGAUCGGGAUAUUUACGGAUGGUGAUCUCCGGCGUACACUUAGGGACAGCGGUGAGGCCAUCUUCAAGCUCACAGUGGGUGAAAUGUGCAACAGAUGCCCAAGAACAAUCAACCCUGAUGCGAUGGCGGUGGAAGCAAUGCAGAAAAUGGAAUCUCCUCCAUCUGCUGUGCAGUUUUUGCCAGUGGUCGACGAUCAGAACAUUGUGAUUGGGAUUGUUACCCUCCAUGGACUGGUCUCUGCAGGCCUGUAAAUCUCCAAGGCCUCUUGAUAAUUAAUGUUGUGUUUGUUAGGUCCAUGUGAUGAUCUGGUUGGAGUUCACCACCCCUUUUGAUGGACUGAAUAGGCCAUGUUAUCUGGGAAUUACUUCAGUCCCAUACUUCCCUCUCUUUCUAGCUUUUUCCGUGUUUUGUUUCUUUCUCUCAGUCCUUUGGAGCUCUGUACUUCCAGCUGCCUUGAGCUGCUUGGAAGUGGGGUCUGAGGUGAUUGACGCACUGUUGUAUUCAGCUUUUGAACAUGUGAGCUACACUAAAAUAUAAUAAGAA